ACGAUUCUCUCUUCCAAUCUCAUCGCUCAGCAACUACUCCGUCAACACCGGCACCUCGCAGACAACGUAGCCUACCUCCGAGUCUGCCUUCGUUCGAUACCUCUUUUCACCGCACGUUACAUUCGCGCAUAUCAAACAAACAUCAUGGUAUAAGUCGUGCGAAAGUAAAAGUUGCUAUCGAACUUGAACUAAGGGAAGAGAGGCUAAGGGAGGCUUCUGCGCGUGGUGAUUGUAAUACCGGUAUCAAUGAGAAAGGCAGAACACCUUUACAUUUUGCUUGUGCUGGUGGAUAUAGCGAUUGCGUUAAGCUAUUAAUCGAACGUGGCGCAAAUGUUAAUGCGGAAGCAGAUAUUGCCGGAAAUAGACCUUUACAUUUAGGUGCAAAAAUAAAUAUGGAUGAUGCAUUUCAUCGUACACCAUUAUCGGUUGCAAGAUCGCGCCUUAAUAUUUUAAUGAAGAAUAUCGAAUCUGCUAAUAUAGAUGUUGAAGAUAUGGUGGAAGAUAAUGAAAACAUACCCGAAAAUCGGGAAAUUUUUGUGCAGGUUUUACAGAUUAUCAAAAUUUUACGUCAUUAUUUAUCAAUAGAAAGUCGAGAGUAUGGUAAUAUUCAAGAUACAAGAAGUAAUACUAAAAUUAUAGGUUCAGUCGAUACUUCUUCUUUUAGUACUGGAAACGAACCCAUGAUAAUUUCUAAUACAGAAUCAGCAACGAGCGCCAUGGAAGCUUUAGAUGAUUUAACUUCUCAAUUAUCACAAAUGGCCAUUUCAACUUCAAAGUUUGAAAAGUCAAAUAGUGACAGUGCUAUAAAAAGCUCAUCAGCAAAUCAAUAUAUACUACCUGAUUCGAUUGUCUUGAAUAAGGUUCAAAAUGUUCUUGAUAACAUAAUCAAAUAUCAGACCUAA